AUGAAAAAUAAUGGUGUUGCCUGUUUGAGUUAUUUAGUUAUAGAUACGUAUAGAUUUAGUGUAAUGAACAAAUCUGAAAAUCAUGUAAUUAAAUUAAAAAAAUUAGAAAGAAAAAAAUAUGAAGAAGGAGGAGAUGGAGAAGGAAAAGACUUGAAUGUUAAUUUUUAA